CCAAUGCCAACACCAGUUGCGACAUUGAUUUCUCAAGUAGGAUUGUUUGGUCACACACAUACAUACAAUUACAUACAGUAUCGAUGAUUAGAUCUCUGACCUAGUCCCCUGCGUCAGUUCUUUUCAAAGCAUUAGCCAAGCGCCUUCUUUUUGUGGAAUUGUCACUGACCCGCGCUUCUUGACGUCAUGAUGUCACCGCUGCUAGAGCGCUUUUUCAUGUCUAUGAUGAAAUCUACUGUACCUCGCAGCCAUACGGGAAGCAUAAUCGAGGGGUAAACAUCCGUCUGAGGGGCUCUUGACUCCAUUUGUCCACUGAUGUGAUGCAUUGCUUGCGUGACAAGCUGGACGUGUGUAGGACCAACGAUUGUCACUGCACAUAAAAUGCUGCGACUCCCACGUUCAAGACUGCUUCUGAAGCUUAAGUAUACUAUACCCAACAACAAACUCAUUGCACGACCAAUCGCGAGUAUACUUCUUUGCAAUUCAAGAGACAUAAUCUCCAACCCCAAAACAAAGUACUUUCCGACUACCAGAAACAUGUCGUCCUUCUCCAACGCAGACACUGGCUCCAAGCCCGCCGACCCCUAUAAGAGCGCCAACAAGGAUGAGCCUGGUGUUGAGCAGAAGUUCAGCGCUUUGCAGAAGUUCAUCGACGCUCGCAAGUUUGGCAUGAUGACCACUCGUGAUGCCAACAGUGGCAAAUUAGUUUCGAGAUGUAUGGCAGUCGCCGCAAAGGAGGCCAACGGCACCGAACUUCUUUUCUUCACCAACACAGAGGCCAACAAGACCGACGAGAUCAAGGAAGAUCCCCAAACCAACCUCAGCUUCAUCGACGGUUCCGGCCAGUGGGCUUCCAUAUCCGGUGCCUCAUCCAUCGAGACCGACCGUAGCGUGGUCAAGAGGCACUACAGCCCUGAGCUGAAGGCUUGGGUUGGUGACUUGGGCGAUGGCAAGCACGACGGGUCUGAGAAUGACCCCAGAAUUGGUGUAAUCAGGGUGAAGAUUGAUACCGCCACCUAUGCUAUCACAGAUAAGACAUUCAUCGGAUAUGCCGUGGAGGUCGCCAAGGGAGCUGUCACUGGUGAAGCAGCCUCUGUCAACAAGUUACGUGAGAUCAGCUCUACGGAGGUGCAGCAAUGGCGCAGCAAGGCUUGAAUUCAUGAUUCUACGAAGUCCACGAGAUCACGAAUUUAGCGAUUGUACACUAGAUCCGGCCACACCCGACACGAGUAAUGAAUUGACCUAAUACUCACAUGCCUUGUAUGGUAGAAAUUUCUCUCGUAAUGUCCUAUUCAUACGUGAUUUCUUCUCCAAUGUCCGCG